AUGUCGUCGACCCCCCUAAGUAAAAACGAGACGCUUUCGUCUCCGACGCAAAUGCCGGAGAGCAACACACACAUCACGCCGGCUAAACGAAGAACAUCACUGCGGCUGAGCCAGACCCCGCAGCAGAGGACGCCGUCACUGUCCGAUUCGCCAAUACCGGUUCUUACUCCGCCAGCCCGGCCGCCAGAGCACCGCGAGACGCCCAGGAAGACGCCGCGAAGCACACGCACCGCUAUUCAAAAGCCUGCGGGCGUCACCAAGGCUCCGGCAAAGCCGCCUAAGUCCCGAACAGUACGGAAAAAGGCCCUGUCGAAUGCACUGGCCAAGGACGAGAAAUUGAAGCACACUGCCGAGCAGAAACAGCCAGUUGCUGCAGAGACAGAAACUAAAUGA